CAUCAUUGAUCACGGCGCUUGUUCAAUUAUUCCGUCUCCAAUUGGUACGUUCCUUUUCAAAGAUCUCUCUCUCUCUCUCUCAGUCCCAAAGAAAAUGCAAACAAUAAUUUCUCCACUACUUGUCUCUCACCGUCUCUCACUUGCUCCUCCUGUCCCUCGUCUUCUCAACAACUACCACCACCGUGCUCCUACUUCGAUCCGCCUCUCAAGUCACCGUUCUACCAACUCCCUCCGCCUCUUCUCCUCCACAGUAGUAGCAGCAGCAGCAGCAGCAGCAGCAGCGAGUCGGGACAGUGAAAUGGCGACUGAAGAUGUGCAAGAUCCGAGAAUCGCCAAGAUCGCUUCUUCCAUUAGAGUCAUCCCCGACUUCCCUAAACCAGGGAUCAUGUUUCAGGACAUAACGACGCUUCUUCUCGACACUGAGGCCUUUAAGGAUACCAUUGCUUUGUUUGUUGAGAGAUACAAAGACAAAGACAUAUCUGUUGUUGCAGGUGUUGAAGCUAGAGGUUUCAUUUUUGGCCCUCCUAUUGCGUUGGCUAUUGGUGCCAAAUUUGUUCCCAUGAGGAAGCCCAAGAAGUUGCCUGGGAAGGUUAUUUCGGAAGAGUAUUCGUUGGAGUAUGGAACAGAUAAGAUUGAGAUGCAUGUAGGUGCAGUAGAGCCUGGUGAGCGUGCUAUUAUCAUAGAUGACCUUAUUGCCACGGGUGGGACUCUUGCUGCUGCAAUCCGACUACUUGAGCGAGUAGGAGUGAAGAUUGUUGAGUGUGCUUGCGUAAUUGAGUUACCAGAGCUUAAGGGAAAGGAUAAACUAGGAGAGACGCCGCUAUUUGUUCUUGUAAGCUCGGCUUAACAAGAAGAAAACUUAAAGGGGGAUUAUUGAUUGGAUCAAGUGUUGGUUCUAUUUUUCACGUAUGGUGAGACAUUUUACUUGGGAUUUGAUCCAUGUUGUUUCAAAAUUAUCAUAAUCGGCUCAGACUAGAAAAUGGCAUUUGAAUGUCAGGAUUCGAUUGCAGUUCCGUUUGUUGGACCAAUAAAAACCCCAAUUAAUAAUAAGGUGUUAUGGGCUUAAUUAACACAGAGUCAAGUUGUAAUGGGGGAAACUCGAGCUGGGGAUUAAGGUUUUGGUAACUCAAUUCUUCUUUUAAGUUUCGCAGCA